AUGCCAUCUAAGACCGAAGGAAAAGGGAUGAAAGCUGGGUCACAGAAGAAGAAAAAGAAUGUGGGUGCUGAUGUGGAAGCCAAGUCCGCACACAGGCUGGCAGUGCUGGAAAAGGAGUUGCUCCAAGACCACUUGGCUCUGAGGAGGGACGAGGCCCGCCGAGCCAAGGCUUCUGAAGACCAGCUGAGGUGGAGGCUGCGAGUGCUAGAGGCUGAGUUGCAAGAGGCCCGAAGUGAGGGGAAGGCCGUCUAUGCAGAGAUGAGUCGUCAGUGCCAAGUCCUGCGGAAGGAAAUGGAGACCCGCAGCAGGCCGCUGGAAGAAGAAGUGAGGGGCCUUCGGGAGCAGCUGGAGACGUGCCAGAGGGAGGCUGAGGCCGCACGGGAAGGGGCAGAGCAGGCCCUCAGAGAGCGGGACCAGACUCUGGCUCAGCUUCGGGCACACGUGGCAGACAUGGAGGCCAAGUACGAGGAAAUCUUACACGGCAGCCUGGACCAACUCUUGGCCAAGCUGAGAGCAGUGAAGCCUCAGUGGGAUGGGGCCGUGCUGAGACUUCAUACCAAAUACAAGGAGCGGCUCCGCCAGUUUGGACUCAACCCCCUGGAUCUGUGA